UUACACUGUCCAUCUCCCUACCAAAUAAAACACAGAUUCUUGAAAACUUCAUCAGAUCUUCACCACCAUUUUAUAACUUAGGAUUCACAGCACACAAUUCUUAGAUUCUUGAACACAAUUCUUCUAGAUCAUCUUUCUUCUUCAACCCAUCACUGAAAUUUCAUUUAAAAAAAUACAAUCUUUCUUCUUAAACCCCUUACUGAAAUUUCAUCAAAAAAAGGAACAAUCUUUCUUUACUCUGUUAUUUAUUAGUUCAUGAAGAAGCUGAAAAGCUUUUACAAACACCUGAAAUACCCACCAAUAAGUGAACGCAAAUGGAUCUUUCCACUUACAAUCACCUCCCUUUUUAUCCUCUUCAUCUUCUUUCUCACAACCUUAAUUUCACCAAAUGUACUACCCGUUUUCAACCACUACACAACAACAACCCUUUCUCAUCACAACAACCUUAAUUUCGUCGAAUCAAAACUCCACUCUUUACCACGCGCUUCACCCCACGCGCCCCCGCGUUUCGCUUAUCUAAUCUCCGGGUCAGCUGGUGGUGGUGGCAUGUUGAAGAGAACACUUCAAGCUUUAUAUCAUCCUAAUAAUGAGUAUGUUGUGCAUCUUGAUGCUGAGUCAUCGAACGAGGAGCGGGUUGAUUUGCAUGAUUAUGUUGUGGGUGACAUGAUGUUUAGGAGAUUCAAGAAUGUAAGGAUGAUUAGUAAAGCUAAUCUUGUCACUUAUAGGGGGCCAACUAUGGUUGCUAAUACAUUACAUGCUACUGCUAUAUUGUUGAAAGAAAGUGCUGAAUGGGACUGGUUUAUUAAUCUUAGUGCUUCUGAUUAUCCACUUGUUACUCAAGAUGAUCUUAUUCAUGCAUUUUCGCAUUUACCGCGGGAUCUUAACUUCAUUGAUCAUACUAGUGAUAUUGGGUGGAAAGAGUUUCAAAGGGCAAAACCAAUCAUCAUCGAUCCGGGGUUGUACAUGAAUAAGAAAUCUGAUGUUUUCUGGAUUACACAGAGAAGAGGUGUGCCAACAGCUUUCAAGCUUUUUACAGGGUCUGCUUGGAUGGCGCUUUCUCGACCCUUCAUAGACUUCUGCAUAUGGGGAUGGGACAACUUGCCUCGAACUGUACUUAUGUACUAUGCAAACUUCAUCUCAACUCCAGAAGGCUAUUUCCACACUGUCGUCUGUAACGCUCAGGAGUUCCGCAAUACCACAGUAAACAGCGAUCUGCACUUUAUAUCGUGGGAUAACCCUCCAAAGCAGCAUCCUCAUUACCUUACACUUGAGGACAUGCAAAAGAUGGUUGACAGUAAUGCCCCAUUUGCGAGAAAGUUCCAUCAAGAUGAUCCCGUGCUUGACAAGAUUGACAAUGAACUCCUGUUUCGAGGUCAAGGUAUGUUUGUCCCCGGUGGCUGGUGCACAGGAAGUCGAAUGAACGGGACAGAUCCAUGCUCUGUAGUGGGUAAUACCACAGUCCUCAGACCUACUGCAGGGGCAAAGAGAUUGGAAAAUUUGAUAGGCUCUCUCUUGUCAAAUGACAAUUUUCGAUCCAGACAGUGCAUAUAGUGAAAACAAGUUUUUGAAAGUAGAUUUCUUUAUGAUAGUCUUCAUAUAGAGGAAAGCUGGUGAUGUUAUGAGUUGAUGGUUUUCUUUCGUCAGAGUCAAGACAAUGUAUCAUUUGCUUCGAGAUUCGCAUUCACGAGUUAUACUGCAGGAAGAAGUGCAAAUGUAGAGUAUUGCUACAGAAAAGCGAGGGCACGUGAAUCCGGUCGUGGUUUCCUGCUCUACCAACGUUUCACUGUAUUGCAAGGGAUUUUCAAUUCCCUUAUGCUGAAGUUUUUUACUACUUACUAGGACGGAGAAUUUUUGGAGUGUGAGCCCUCGCGGUAGGAAGUGUCUCAGGUUUGUUACCCCUUUAAUGUGUAACCAAUCUGGUGAGAGUUUCUUUUUGUUGUAAACAAUAUUAAAUAGGAUCUACUUAUGCAAAUAAACGGAUAUUGGAAUUCUUUCUUCUGUGUUUGUUUUACUAUUUUUUUU